AUGAAAAUCACUGACAACGCGGUUCAACCUCCCGAGGUUGUGGGGGCCAGCGAAGCCUCUUCUCUCGGCCUGUGGUUGGAACGCAUCGGAGGCUUCAACCUGACCAGCUACCGCACUGAGCUGAUUCUCCUUUUGAAGCUCGCAGGACCUAUGUUCCAUAGCACAUUUUCUCAUGGCUAUUUUUUUGUGCUUCAUAGUCUGGCACAACUUUAUGUGACGAUCUUCAUGCCUGCUCUACCGGUGGCAUUUAUGUACCAGCUGCUGGGAAGAUAUCUUCAGAACCAGGGAAUAAUUUGGCCUCAGGUCAUAACCGGUGCAAUUGCAAACAUCUUAAAUGCAGUUUUCAAUUAUGUCUUCCUCCAUCUUCUGCAUUUGGGAGUUGUUGGGUCUGCUGCAGCUAAUGCAUUCUCGCAGUGUGUUUUGUCCAUCAUCUUAUUUUCCUAUAUUUUCUGGAAGGGAUUGCACAAUUCCACGUGGGGAGGCUGGUCACCCGACUGUCUACAAGAGUGGGGACCCUUUUUCAAGCUGGCCAUGCCGAGCAUGCUCAUGUUUUGUAUGGAGUGGUGGGCUUUUGAAGUAGGAGGAUGCCUUGCUGGCAUCAUUAGUGAAGUUGAGCUGGGAGCCCAAUCUGUGAUGUAUCAGCUGACCAUUGUGGCUUUCAUGUUCCCCAUUGGAAUGGCUGCUGCGGCAAGUGUUCGAGUCGGCAAUGCUCUUGGGGCAGGAAACAGUGAGCAAGCCAAGCUGUCUUGCAAAGUUUCGAUCAUCUGUACAUCUGUCGUGGCCACUUGUAUUGGAGUUAGCAUCACACUGUCCAGGAAUGUUAUUGGCUACAUUUUCACCACAGACCCGUGAGUUACCACACCUUUAGUUGAUAUUGCAAUGCCCUUGUCUGCGGUUUGACGAUGGCGCGGUUACUGAUGCUUUUCAG